UCAUGGCCGUCGCUGUGUGUGACGUCAUUCCUGACGACAGUAACUACAACAUCCCGAAUCCUGCUGCAGAAUAACCGUGUGUCUAUUUGUCUGUAUUCGUGUUUAUUAAAGCUUUAAACCAAUUUCCCCCUGCGAGUAAAGCGUGUUGAAUGUGAAAAGAGAAGGAGAGAGGGAUGGCGGAGGAGGAAGAGCGCGGUCCGGGCUCUGUCUAUCAGAUGUUCGUGUUGAUGGAGGAUCUGCUGGAUAAACUCAAGGUUCUGGAUUAUGAGCAGCACGUUCUCGACAAACACAACAUCAAACCUCUGUCCAGGCAUUAUUUUGUCUCCAGCCCUCAUGUGUUGUCAAAUCCUGGUGAGCAGUUCUAUAUGUUCAGUGUAAUUGCUGCCUGGUUGAUUACAUUAUGCGGGCGACCAUUCGACACACCACAAGAGUAUGACGACCCCAACGCCACAGUCUCCAACAUCUUGUCUGAACUUCGAAUCCUGGGUGGCCAGGUUGAUUUCCCCCCAUCUAAGCUGAAGACUGGGUCUGGAGAGCACGUCUGUUAUGUUCUAGACCAGCUGGUAGAAAAGGCACUAAAGAGUAAAGGUUUCGCCUGGAACAGGCCACUGUACCCAUCAGUGGAGGUGGAGGAUGAGUGUGUGCAGGAAGAUGAUGCUGAACUCACACUCAGUAAAGUGGAGGAGGAGAUGACACAGGAGGAAGAGGAAUAUGAGGAAGAAGAUGGACUGGAUUUAGAUGCACUAAAGACCAGAACCAAUGGCGAGCUCAGUGGUUCGAGGCCUGCAGUGGUUUUAGAGUCAGAUGUUGAUGCUGCCGAGUGGAAUCUGGAGGUGGAGCGGGUUCUUCCACAGCUUAAAGUCACCAUCCGCACUGACAAUAAGGAUUGGAGGAUUCAUCUUGAUCAAAUGCAUCAGCAUCAAGAUGGCAUCAACACAUCCCUGCAAGAUGCCAAGGGUUGCCUGUUUAAGCUGAGGGAGGACAUCAGCAAAACUCUGGAGAAAGUGAGCAGUCGUGAGAAAUAUCUCAACACUCAGCUUGAGCAUCUUAUUUCAGAAUACCGGCAAGCACAAUCACAGCUCAACAAGGUGAAGGAGCUUUAUCAGCAGGCCAGUGGAGGCGUCACAGAGAGAACCAGGAUUCUGGCUGAGAUCAGCGAGGAGUUAGACAAAGUCAAACAGGAAAUGGAAGAGAAAGGCAGCAGCAUGUCAGAUGGAGCGCCAGUGGUGAAGAUCCGUCAGAGUUUAACCAAGCUGAAGCAGGAGAUUGAGCAGAUGGAUGUUCGGAUGGGGGUGGUGGAGCACACGCUACUACAAGCUAAACUCAGAGAGAAAAACAACAUGACCCGAGACAUGCACGCUACACAUCUAUUAGAGCCCAAUGCGCAGGCUUAUUGAGUUGAACACUCGCUGCUGAUGAUGUGUGAGUGUGCUAGAUUUUCUAUAAAGGUUUUUAAUGUGUAUUUUUAAGUGUAAAUAACAAAAUAUGUAGCAUUAAAUAAUAAAAUGAACACUUUCAUUAGAAACUUGUAAAACUUGUAAAAGUUGUACCUUACAUAACUGUCCACAGAGAGAGAGAGUGGGGUGUUGGUGGAAUGAUUUCAGCAUUACACACACACAUGUUGUAACUCUUUCAUGAUGUCACCCUCGCACAUGAAACAAGAGAAAUAUGAGAGAUUGUUAAGGACUGCAUUAGUUCAUUUGCACAACUUAUCAGUCCACAUCCUGAGGAAACAUUUGUUGAGUCUGUGUUCAGUCUGAGAACAAUGCACUUUUUGUCUUAAUCCUAUUUUGAGCUGUAUUAUUUACAUGAUUUCUCUUGUAUAAAGAGUGCUAGUUUGCAGCAGAUGAUUAGCGGUGUAAGACUAUUCAAAUGAAGAUUGGAUAUAGUGAUUCAAAAUUAUGAACAAUCUGACACAGACAGAAAAAUCAGGGGAUAAAUUCUGGGUUUGUAUCAGUCUUUGUACUUCUGAGGUUAUAAGCAUUAAUAUCUAGUGGUCAAAAGCAGAAAUGUAUGCAUAAAGAGUUGAUUCAUUAUUUACAUUUCCUCUCAUGUUGCUGUAAAUCUGUGUAGCCUGUAGUUUUUUUACUAUAGAAGAUGCAGCGGGGAAAAUAAGUAUUGAACACGUCAUGUUUUUUCCUGGGAUUAAUAUUUCUAAAGGAGCUGUUGACAUGGAACUGAACCAGAUUUAAAUGGGUAAAUACCCAAACAAUACAAACAUAGAAAUAAAACAAAACAAAACAAAAUGUGAAACAUGAGUUCUGUGUAAUAACAAUAAAAUGACACAAGGAGAAAGUUCUGAACUGCUGAGACGUAUUUAGCACUUUAUAUAAAAGGAUUUUUUGGUGAUGGCAGCUUAAAGACGCCUCUCAUAUGGAGAAUGAAGUCACAUGCAUUGCUCAGGUGAAAGAGUUUCACAGAUUUCAACAGAGUGUAGAAAUCUUGAUAGUUCUGUGAGUCUCGUCUAUCAAAUCUGAUCUUUAUUUUGUAUUCUCUAUUGGAUUUACAUCAGAUGAUUGGCUGGGCCAUUCUACAGCUUGAUUUUCUUUCUCUGAAAGCAUUUGAGUGUUUCAUUGGCUGUGUUUUGGAUCAUUUUCUUGUUGAAAUGUCCACCCUGGUUUCAUCUUCAUCAUCCUGAUAAUGUAGAUGUUGGACUGAAGCAGCAAAUUUUAUUUACAGUGACAAGGGUGCAGAGGAUUGCUGAAUAACUACUAAGAGAUUUCAGCUGCUAUCUGGGCUUUCACUGCCUUUCUACACCUCCCUUUCUUCGUGUGUUCAAUACUUUUCCCCCUGCGUCAUUUCAUUACACGUAAUUUAACAUGUAAGCUAAUUAGAUUUGUCUUUGCAUAUAUAUGGAUGUCUUUGGUUGCUAUCAACAUCUGGGGAAAAUUUCAAGUCAACAGCUCCUUUAUAAAUAUGUUU